AUGUCGUCUGUGGUUGAAAUUGAGGCUAGUAAAAAUGAUGAUGUGAUUGAGGUAAAUGAAGAGCUCGAGAAUGCAACAAAGAAGGAAGCGGAGAUAACUCAGAAAGUUAUUCCAAUGCCUGGACCUCCACCUCCUUUCCCACAGAGGCUAGUGAAGAAGACUGAAGAAGGCAAAUACCACAGGUUUAUUAGUAUGUUGAAGCAACUCUUCAUCAUUGUGCCAUUGAUAGAAUAUUUGGAGCAAAUGCCUGGGUAUGCAAAGUUUAUGAAGGACUUAGUAACUAAAAAGUGGGCCGUGAGUUUUGAAGAUGAUGAUAAGUCACAACAUUGUAAUGUUAUUGCUACAAGGUCCCUUGUGCAAAAGAAGGAUGAUCCUGCUGCUUUCACUAUUCAUUGUACCAUUGGGUUGCUACAUUUUGUCAAGGCAUUGUGCGAUUCGGAUGCUAGUAUCAAUCUGAUUCCAUUGUCUAUUUACAAGAAGUUGGGAUUAGGGGAUCAAAAACCGACAGCGAUGCGAUAG